AUGACCACCCCAGACGCCGAAGAUGCAUCUCCCUCACCGGAAUACAGCGGUGAUCAGGACGGGAGCGAAAUGGCCGACCAGAAAGACCAGCGCGCCUCGAGCGACGCGCCUUCUACCAACAACUCUACCGCCAACACUACCACCACGACCACCAAGCCCAACGCCAAAGACCCUCUACGUCCCCGUCGCAAGAAGGCUCGGAGAGCUUGCUUUGCCUGCCAGCGCGCCCAUCUGACCUGCGGCGACGAACGGCCCUGUCAGCGCUGCAUCAAGCGCGGCCUUCAGGAUGCCUGCCACGAUGGUGUUCGCAAGAAGGCCAAGUACCUCCACGACGCCCCGCCCGAAGCGCUUAUGCCUGGCGUCGGUGGCCAUUAUCCCCACCUCAGCAACGCUGGUCAGCAGCACGGCGCCGCUUCCGUGCCGAACAACGCCCAAGCCAUGGGCCAGCCGAAUAAUUUCUACCCGCAGCAGCAGCAAGCCAACUACAACAAUCAGCAAUCCAAUCCUUCCGCCAUGCAAGACUUUGGAGGCAUCCCAUUCGACCCGAGCGACCCUGCAUUAUUCAACUUCGAUCUCGCAAGCCUCAAUUUCGGCAACCACUACGAAAAUAACAGCGUAAUGAAUCCCUUGAACCAGGCCGCCAAUCUAUACAACGGCCCCAUGAGCACAGCAUCAGGAUCGUCGGAGAAUCUUGGUAUCUCGACUGGUGGCUUCGGGUUCAACGACGGCAUCCCCACGGCAGAUUGGCAGCCACACUCAAGGCAAGGCAGCGCUGCUCAGAUUCAAACGCCCAACAACACCCCUGCUACUGGCAACCUGGACCAUCAGCUGCGCCAGCAGGAGGGUCAGAACGGCAUGCCGCUCGCAUAUGCUGUCGGCGCCGGACCUGGCAGCAUGGCGAGCGCAAGCCCUGGGUCUACCAUGGCGGAUGGUCAGAACUUCGAACCAACCUCGUUCUCGUCACCUGCCUACAUGGCAAAUCAACAUUCACACCAAGAAGAGCAACGGCGACAGCAAAUUUACAACAGACAGCAACAGCUGCACAAUCAAAGAACACAACAGCAUCAGCAGCAUCAACAGCAACAAGAGGCGAACCGCAAACGCCGUCGCGACCCGAGCGAGAUUUACGAUUCGGUCACAGGCCCGUACCCGUACACGGAUGGCUUCCACGGCCUCAUCGCACUCCUAAAGCAACGUUUCUCCAUUGCAAAAAGAUCACGGAUUGCUCAAGCGCUUGCUUCUAUUCGGCCGUCAUUCAUCGCUUGCACAAGCACGUUGAACACGGAUGAUCUCAUCUUCAUGGAGAAGAGCUUUCAACGCACCCUAUACCAGUACGAGGACUUCAUCAACGCUCAUGCUGUCCCAACCAUUAUUUGUCGCCGCACUGGCCAGAUUGCAGCUGUCAGCCAGGAGUUCAGCCUGCUCACCGGCUGGAAGAAGGAUGUGCUGCUUGGGUACGAGCCGAACCAAAAUGUCAACACGGGCGGCUCAAGCGGAAGUGCUAUCCAGUCCGGUACAGCAACCGGGACUCGAGGAGUGAACACCCCCCGGGAACAACAACCCAACAUCGAUAGCCCCCGUCCAGUAUACCUUGCUGAGAUCCUCGACGACAACUCAGUGUGCCAGUUCUACGAAGACUUUGCGAAGCUAGCAUUUGUGGCACCGCGUGCGACGGCGACUCGGUCCUGCAAGCUCAUACGCUACCGUACCAAAGAUGAUCUCUCCAACUUGGAAAACAUGAACAUCAAGUCUGAAGAGAGCGGCAACAAAGAUCAAAGCAAGGGCACAAGAUACAUGAAUGGCAACACCGUUGUCAAGCUUGAGGGGGGUGCCGGCGCAGGAAGACCGGGAGACAAGGACGGUUUGAUCAACUGCAUGUUCUGCUGGAGCGUCAAACGGGACGUGUUCGAGGUACCAAUGCUGAUUGUCAUGAACUUCCUGCCCAUUAUGGAAUAG